CCACCUCUUCCUCCUCACUCCCUGCCCCCCCAACACACAUAAUUUCCUCUCUUACCAGGAUGCAGACAGGGAUUUUCUCUACAAACUUCAGCCUUACUCUGUGCAGCUUAGGAUGUAGAAGAUGAGAGAUGGAGGAAAGCAGUGGGUUCUCCAAAGAUUGUGCCUGAUGGGAGCCUUGGGAACAAGAAACAAUGAGAAGAGCUGGGGCUAGAGAAAGACUGGGGUUGAGGGAUUUUUGUAUAUUUAGCUCCCAGUGCAUCUCCUUUCUUCUGCAGUUCAGAACCUAAUCCCUGAGGCCAAUGGAGGAGAGGGAAGUCCAUGCUCUAAAUAUCUCAUUUGGAUAUUUCUCUCUCAGUACCUUAAGUUUUAAGGGUGGGCAGUAUCUCUCUACUUUAAUACUCCUCAUUCCAAUAUUCCUCUGCUCCUCCAAUUGGCUAAACCUUGGCCCAAUCCUCUCUGUGUCUAAGGUGGGUGACAUCUUGAGCAGGAACUGGAAUGUGUUGGGGCAGGGUGAGAGGAAUAGGAUUGUGCCCAGCCUGGGAAGAGGGGGGAAGGACUUCUCUGGAGGCCAGUGGUUUCUUUCCUCGAAAGGGUAAAAUGAACAAGUAUUACCAGAAGUGGGGCUGAGGAGGAGACAGAAAAUGGUAGAUGUGGGAUGGCAAGGGGGAAGAAGAAGAAGGGAAUUUGAAUUCUUAAGGGGGUGAAAGAUGUGGCUAGUGGGGGGAUGAGGCACUAUUGAGAGACUGCCCAGAUCUGUGUCUGAGCCUCACCCAAGUUUAAUAGCCCCUCUCUCUUGCAGACUCAUAUGGAACCAUCAAGUCCUCUGUUGGCCCAUACCCAAUGGUCUCUCCCCAUACUCCCUCCUAGACUGAUCUGUCUCUUCACAGGAAAAGGCAACAUGAAGGGGAAUCCAGAGGAGGACAUUCCCUUUGCCCUGUACCAGCACCAGACAUGCCAGAGUCACACAGAUGUGGGGGGUUCUUUGACCACUCCGUCCCUUUUUCCCAGCCUGGACCAACAGCAGGGACAGGGUGAUCAGCCUUGCUGGCCCUUUAAGGAGUUCCUUCCUAGGGCAGAUGCCUCAGCUUCUCAUUGUGAUAACUGGAUGUACUCUACAAAACCAACAUCUGCUUUGCCCACCCUGUUGGCCUGCCCACCACACCUGGAUCUCUACACCUGCAACUUGAGGCCCAACCCCCUGGAUGCUGCCUUGGGAGUACCUCAUUUCCCCCAAGAGUGCAAGACCUCAGAGUCAAUUCUGGGUUCCACUGAUGACCUGAAACUCACAGCCAAGCAUCUUCUGGGCAAGAAGGCAGAGAGUGAAUCUCGGAGUGCCAGCCUUCCUGCUUCACAUCCUAGUCCAGCUCCUAUCCCUUUCAACAUGAAGUUCUCAUUAAAUCGCCACCCUCUGUGCCCUUCCUUCCCCCUUCUCUUGCCCAUUAAGCCCUUGUCCUCACCAAAGACAUGUUUCUUAGCCUAUGGCCCCCACUACUGUCCCCUCUUUCUCCCACCCCUGGAUACUCUCUAUCCUGACUGGGCUGAUCAGUUGAUACACCCUGAUGGGCCAUAUUCCCUUGGUGCCCACUCCCCUUCACAGACCACAUUUUCACCCUCUCCUGUUGGACUGUCGGUCCCAAGUAAGGCCAGGGAUGAGAGCCUUUCAUCUUCCCAGUAUUGUUCUACAGAGUUGGACUCAGAGGCUGUUGCAGGCAAAGCUGGCAGAAUUCCCAGGUUGGGCACCACAGCCCGGUCAUCUCUGCUGAAGAACGAGAAUGGCAGAGUCUUGUACAAGUGCAAUAUUUGUGCCAAGAGUUUCAGACAGCUCUCCAACCUCAAGGUCCACUUCCGGGUCCAUAGUGGAGAACGGCCCUUUCAAUGUCCUCUUUGUCAGAAGAGUUUCACCCAGCUUGCCCACCUGCAGAAACACCAGCUGGUCCACUCAGGAGAUCGGCCUUACCAGUGCUCGGUUUGCCACAAGUGUUUCAGCAGCAUGAGCAGCCUCAAGACUCACCUGCAGCUGCACUCAUUGUUCAAGCAACAAGAGCUGCGUUUGUGUCCUGGCCAUACUUCCCUGUUCCCAUGCUGCCUGCUGGCCCCAUGCUUGGGAGGGCACCCAGAAACUGGAGAAGCUGGCAUUGCUGUGGCCAGUGGGCACUGAGACCACCGGUGCCAGGGGAAAGCCUCUAGGCCAGCCUGUUUGAUUUUCAGGAUCACAACAGCCUGGCAAUAGGAGCUGGGGAAAAGACAGUUACUAAGCUGAACUCUUCUGAGUUGGCCUGGUGGGCACAGCACUGGUCAUUAUAAUCCUUCCUAGGGGUCAUGCUUUCAUGCUUUCUGCCUGGAAGCCUCAAAUAGGGAGGGGAUGGGGAUGACUAGAAUGCUUGGAAGCUUUCUAGAGCUAUCUGGGUCAGAUGUGAUGGUUUCUAAUAUCCCUUCCAAGUUCUGACAAUCUGUCCUAAAAACCCUCCCAGCUCUGAUAUCCUAUGUCUGAAGAGCCCUCCCAGCUUUGAUAUUCUUUGUUCUUCCGGUCCUCCCAGCUCUGGCAUUCUCUGUUCUAAGGUCUCUCCCAGCUCUGACAUUCUCUGUUCUAAGAUCCUUCCCACCUAUGACAUUCUGUGUUCUAAGCUCUCUCCCAGCUCUGACAUUCUGUGUUCUAAGCUCUCUCCCAGCUCUGACAUUCUCUGUUCUAAGGACUCU